UGAAUCCAUUGCUGUAACUCCAUUUUGGAAUGUGUGACUUUUACCAGCCAAUAUGACCUUUCCGUUACCGGGUGACGUCAUUUACAUCAUCCUGGAUAUCCUUGGGGACGAGAAAGACUACAAUAGCUUAUACCAAUGUGCUGUGUCCUCGCGAUGCUUCACUGAACAUGCCCUAGCCGUCCUGUAUAAACUGCAUAAUACUUCCCCAGUGAAGGGCGGCGGUACCGAGGAUGAGCAGUUCAAAACUCGCCGGUCAGCUCCCACAUGGAUGUCUAUUUGGAGAGAACAGGAGGUUGUCAUUCAAAAGUGGGCGCUCAUGUGGCGCUCCAUCUUAUUGUCUACCAUCGAUCAGACCUAUCUGCCUUAUCACAGCUAUAUCCGUUAUCUUGACCUAGAUGAUCUAUCGUACCUCCUGGGCAAUGCGAUGUUCAAGGGAAGAAUCAAAGAGAACUUCUUCACGGAAGAGCUCAUUGACUUGGCGUCAAACGUCUACGAGUCGAAAGGAAGUAAGCGGCUUCGCUCUUCCAGAACUCUCGCUGAAAAUGAGCGGCUGGUGAUUAAAUUUGGCUCUGCCAUCGUCAGGAAAACCAAUUCCUUACGGGAGAUGUCUUGCAACAUACCCCCAUCGGUGCUAUCCUCAUGGCUGGAAGACCUACCGCUGCUACAGGCUAUGACCAUCUGGUCUGGGACUGCUCUUACACAACAUGCCGGCAAUCAGAUUCGUAGCCACUGUCCGGAUUUCAAGCAACUCACAAUAUAUGCAUGGAAGAAUGAGUCGUCCGGAAAUGCGGAGUCAGAGUCUCAGGAAUUUUUGAAUGAGCUAGCACCCAAUACCCUGCAGUAUUUUGAGGUGCUUAGUUACUCGCAGCUGGGACCGCGUUCAAUCAAGGCCCUGAACAACCAUCUAGAAUCUUUGACAGAACUGAAGUUAACCAGCCUCCCCCUUGAAGCAAUUGCAGCAUUGCCGUCGCUAGCAACGCCACCCGCACUGAGAGUUCUAGUAUUGACGGACUCAAGACCGGCCGUUCGGGACGAAGGUUUCUAUGCUGUCAUCGUGCGGGUCGCUGAAUGGAUCCGUGGCUGCAAAGCAUUGAGACGUCUCGAACUCAGAAGGUUUGUCGACGAUGCGGCUUUGCUAUCCCAUGUUUUAACCGAUGAAAAUUUACGUCUAUCCACCCUUUCAUUGGCCGGUUAUACAAUGGCCGGGGCCCGGGGCUUCCACGAAGCCCUGGCCAGUCAACCUUCUCUGCAAAACCUAUACCUUCGUGGAGAGAGUAGCGAAUCACCCGAGGAUAACGAGCUGCUCGUCCAGGCAAUCGGUCAGCUGAAUGGGCUCCGCGAACUAGAACUCAAGGAUAUAUCGGACUGCUUUACACCUGACCAUCUCAUCACACUAACACCAUAUCUUCCGCACUUGGAGAGAUUAUGGGUGAGUGGUGACUUUUUCAACGACGAGGUGUGGGAUGCAUUCCGAGGUCUAGGAGAACUCCAGAGCUUGGUUAUUCACGCUCUCAGCGAAUUCACGACCCAGGGUAUCAUAGACUUCAUUGCCUCACUCAAGCCUGGCAACAAAGGUUUCAGCCUGUCCAUCUUGAACUCGACUACCGACACAGAUAUCACCGAGGGAGCACAAAAUCGGAUCCGCGAGAUUUUGAAAACCCGCUUGGACGGGACAUUUGACUUCGGAUUGGCUCAGGAGGAGUAUAGUGAUGCGGACACUGAUGAUGAAAUUUUCGACUGAUAUUGAUCAACUAGAGUAAUGGAAGGUGGGUGUUACAGAUGCCACAAUCAUGGUCUGCGCACUGCCCGUCAAGACAAUACACAAUUAUAGGGAGGAUUUGUAAUCUUAAUGAAUAUAUCAUCUGCAAAUACCAUCUUAUCG